AUGGAUCCGCAACGGCAGAUCCUGUAUGAAGAAGUGCCGCUGGGAGAGCUUGAUUACGGGGAGGCGUCUUCAUCACUAAGCGAUGCAGAGGAUCCCGGCGUCUGCAGCGUGCUGCGCAUUGCCGCGCUCAAGGCGGUCGGCGCCGUCGAUGAGCGGGAGCCAGGUCGAGCAGGCCUGGAGCUCGAGCUCUCGCCGAGCGGCGCCUCGGCCGCCAUCGUCGAUCGGGGCCGCCAGCGCGUCUCGUUGCUGUCAUCCGCCGACCGCUUUCGGCGCGCAGCUGCGACCUUUGAGCCGCUGCCCGUCUCUCUGGACGGCUGCGAGGCGCCUGACCUGAUCACUGGGGUGUGGUGGGGCACGGCUGCAUCGGCGGCGGGAGAAGGCGACAGCGGUGGCAGCACGCACGCAGCCGACUGCAAAGGGGAUGCCGGCGGCGACGCCGGCGAGCGCCUGCUGGUGGUGUGCCAAUCCUCCUGCCUGUACAUCCUCGAUCGUCGCGGAGGCGUCCUGCGCCAGUGGGAGGUUGACGCCCCCUGGGCGCGCCUCAAGGUGGUGGCCGGCGCCUUUGGCCCCAGCAGCAGCCUGCUGCUGCUCACCGCCGCGCGCGUGCUGUAUUGGGUGCACCUGGACGGGAGCAGCGGCGGUCACGGCGGGGGUGGCGGUGUGGCGCCCGUGCAGGGUAGUGCUGUUGGUGGUGGCGGCGAGUGCUGCGACUUCGACAAGUUCAGCGUUAAGCACUCCAGCACUCCAGCACUCAAGCAGCAGCAGCGGCAGCAGCAGGAGCAGCAGCAGCAGGAGCAGCAGCAGAAGAUGGAGGGCAGAUGCGACACUCACAUCUCGCUGCGCCACCACGGCACCGUGCGCUGCCUGGCCUACGAGCCCCGCUCGCGCACCCUGCUGGUCGGCGGCGACGGGGGAAACGCUGCAGACCCCUGGGACGACGCGGAGCGCUCUGACGCGUCCGCGCGCGUCACACUGUCGCUGUGGCGGCUGGGGGAGCGGGGGCAGCUGCAGCUGCAGGGCAGCUUCGGCCGGCCGCGCGGCGCCGGCUGGGCAAAGGCGGUGGUGGGUGCUGUGCUGGGGGCGCACCGGGCGCCGCCGCGGCCGUGGGGUGUGAACCUGAGUCCCCUGGGGGAGUACGCAGCGCUGACGACCCACAUGGGCAGGUGCGUCAUCGUCUCCAUGGCCAACGGCCGCCCCGUCGACGCGCGCGUCGAGUUCGCCGGCCGGCGCGCCCCCGCGGCCGCCUCGCGCGCCGCCGACGGCCCCGCCGCCCUGCUCGGCCCGCGCCCCGUUUCUCUGGUUUCGGGUGUGGCGGGCGCGGCCUGGUGGACCCCGUGUGACCUGGCGGUGGCCUCCGCCUCGGGCGCAGUCGCCGUGGCCAGGCUGCCGGGCGCGCUCAACGUGCUGGGGGACUGCCCCCUCGGCUUCGGGCCCGGCGCAACCGUUGCCGCGUGCCCGCAGCCGCCGGGCGCGGCGGGCGCGUGUGGGCCCUGUGGCGGCCGGGGGCUGCUGGUGCUGGUACCGCUGCCGCCGCGCGGCGCAGGCGGCGGAGGACGGGUGGGUGCGGGCGGAGACGGCGCGCGGUCGGGCCUCAGCGCCAUCGACGCCGCUGUCGCCGCCGCAGCAGCAGCAACGCAGCAAUCGCCGCGCGCAGAGCAGGCGGGCGCCGCGGCAGGCGGGGGCGGUGUUGCGUGCUGGCUCGCGUCCAAGCUGGGCGUGGCCGAGGAGGUUGCCGCGUUGUCUCCCUUGGACUGCGGCGAGGCAGCCGCGCCGCGGCGCGCGCCACCUCCGCCGCCGCGCGGCUGGCGUCUGCUGCUACUCGCGGAGCGCACGCCGGCGCAGAUGGUGCAGGUGCACCUGCGGGCGCGCGACUGGGGCAGCGCGCUGCAGCUGUGCAAGGCGGCAGGGCUGCACCCCGACGUGGUGUACCGCGCGCGGUGGGCGGCGGCGCCCGUCAGCAAAGUCAACAUCCAGGUGGGCCGGUUUGAGCGUCAUUUGUGA